GUUACUGAUCUCGCCCUAACCCUGUGCCGGGCGCCUCCGCGGAAGGGCAGAAGCACAAUUCCCCGCGGGUGGAGCCAGGGCGUCCGGCUGCAGAGCGCAGCCACCCAUCCGAGGGCAGCUUCGGGUGUCCCAAGCAGAGCGCCCGCCUGCUUUGAACGCCGCCUGCCAGCCAGCGGAGCGAGCCCUGCCUUGCGAUUCAUCCCCCUCCCCGCCCCCGGGAGGUGCGAGCGGCCAGCAAGUCCCGCUGGAUUUCCGGGAGCAGCGGCUCUGGAGGUGCGUGAGAAGCGAGCGCUCUGUCCUGCCCGCCGGGUGGCUCGGAUCACCGCUGUGACUGGGCUGGCGGCGGCUCCAUCCCUCCCUCCUCACGGUGCAGAGCUGCAGCCCGGAGAGCGGACCCCAGCCCACCUCCUGUGGAUUCUAAAUGAAUCACCCGCUAAUAUAAUACUGAAGCACUAAAGACUUCAGGUAAAGAAGAUUUCUCACCCAUAAUCAAGGAAUCAGAUGCAUCAUGUUUUAUCACGAUAAUGAAGCCUUUGAAAACCCAGACUAUCAUUACUCAGAGACAUUGGAGAUUGACAGAAGCAGAGAAAGGAAUUCAUCCUUUCACCAAAACCUUCAUGAUUCCUCCCUGGAUGAUGACUCGUUGUACGAUUCCUAUGAAGGUCACAGUGGAAGAGGACAAAGAAACCAGGAUUAUCCCUUGGCUAUACCGAUGGCCUCAAUGCACCCUGGUUUCCAAUACAGUUACAGCACAUCGAGAUCAGCUAUGCCCAACACAAAUCCAUAUGGAAAUCCACAUACUAAUCCUUCCUUUGAGUAUGAGCCAGAACUAGCAUACACACCUCCCUCCACCUUUCAUGCCGCGGAUGGUCCUGAUGUACGCAGAUCUUCUGAUAUGUCUGAUGGAGGUAGCUUCAGUCAGAGAUAUAACAGAAGACAAGCUGACCUGGUCUACAGGAUGCCUUCCAGCCUUCUCAGACUAGACUCAAAUGCAGAAACAUAUAACGAAGACAAACAUAAACAAGAAGAAAAAUUGAUCAAAAAUCUUGCAAGCAUGUCCAGCAGAGAGAGAAUUAAAGCAAUCCAGAAGACACCAAAGACCAUGAAAGAAAAGAGAGACAUCAGAAAUAAAGUUCUCAUGGAGAAAACGAAAAAAUCAGCGAGCUACCGUACUCAGAUUAACUGUUGUACACAGUGUCUGUACAAAACAGCAUUGUCCUAUCGGCAAUUUAAAAAUGGCCUGUCGGAAUAUUGGCACCUAUUGCAACUAUGGCAGAAGACUCUGAAAGUCAUCGGUGGCAAGUUUGGAACCAGUGUUCUUUCAUAUUUUGUUUUUCUGAAGUGGUUACUGACUUUCAACAUCUUCUCAUUCCUUGUAAACUUCAGCUUCAUAACAAUCCCACAGCUUAUAGUAUCAGGACCAAAUAACCUUUCGUUCAACGGUCUGGAGCUUCUCUCCGGGGCUGGUUAUUUUAAAAAAACAGUGCUCUACUAUGGUUUUUACACCAACUCUACAAUCACGAAAACUGAGAACAACUCUUCCUAUAAUAUGCAGCUGGCCUAUAUUUUCACUAUUGGGAUUUAUUUCAUCAUCUGCUUCUUUAGCUUGGUGUACAGCAUGGCAAAGUCCUUCCGUAAGAACUUCAUCAAUCCUCACACUUACUCUGGAAGUGCUGCCAAGCUUCUCUGCAUCUGGGACUUCAAUAUAACCAAUGAGAAAGCUGUGAAACUGAAGCAAAGCAAUCUCAGUACGCAAAUAAAGGAAUUCCUGUCUGAAGUGACCCUCGAGGUACUGAACCUUUCUCUAAAGCAGAGAAUCGCUCGUAUCGCUGUUCAUCUGGUGGUUUGGGUGGCUUCCUUGGGAAUAGCAGCUGCUUGUUGUGCUGGUGUUUACUUCCUCUCAAGAAAUAAUCUACAGUUCCUGGAAGGUAACAAAAGUGAGCUGGAAAACGAGGCUGCCACGCUAGUGCUGCCCAUUGUUGUGUCUCUCCUCAACCUCCUCGUCCCCUUCUGCUUCGCCUUGUUUGAACUCCUAGAGAAAUUCCAGUAUCCCAGACAUCAGCUCUACGUCACGGUUAUCAGAAAUAUUUUUCUGAAAAUAUCCAUAAUUGGAAUCCUCUGCUACUACUGGCUUAACGAUGUGGCUACAUCGGAGAAAGAGUGCUGGGAAAGUCUAGUUGGCCAAGAUAUCUACCGUCUCAUUGUGAUUGACUUCAUAUUUUGCUUGUUUGGCUCUUUCUUUGGAGAAUUUGUAAGAAGAAUCAUUGGAACUAAAUGUUGCAAAAAACUUGGAGUGCCAGAAUUUGAUAUUGCACGAAAUGUUUUAGACUUGAUCUACACACAGACUUUGGCCUGGAUUGGCAUCUUCUUCGCACCUUUAAUGCCAGCCAUGCAGAUUAUAUCAUUUUUUAUAAUAUUUUAUGUAAAAAAGGUCAGUCUAAUGAGGAAUUGUCAACCACCUCGCAAAGUCUGGAGAGCUUCUCAGAUGACAACGCUCUUCAUUUUUCUGCUGUUUUUCCCUUCCUUUACUGGAGUCUUGGCUGUAAUGGCGGUCACUAUCUGGAGGCGGACGCCUUCAAACCAGUGUGGUCCAUUCAAAGGCUUGACCUCCAUAAUUGAUGCUGUUUCUGGGUGGAUACAUAUAUUGGACAGCUAUUCCGGCUUGAAAUGGGUGGUGUGGAUUUAUCGUAACUUAAUUGGAAGUGUGCAUUUCUUCUUUAUCCUCACUGUCAUCGUCCUAAUGAUCACAUAUCUUUACUGGCAAAUCAUAGAAGGAAGAAAGAUAAUGGUCAGACUCCUGCACGAGCAAAUUAUUAACGAAGGAAAGGAUAAAAUGUUUUUGCUUAAUAAACUACGUGCACUGCAGACAUCAAAACUAGGCCCACCAAAAGGAGAACAACAAGAGAGGAGUUCAUCUUUGUACCAGCCAUCUAGACAAGCUGCUCUGCAAAUGACAGCCUCCCUAGAAAGGCCAUUUGGGAGAAAUGGAAGAGACUUCUAUGCUGAGUCCUUCUCUGCUGGGAUACCAGGAGAAAGGCCAGUCUUUUCUGACUCAGAAGGACACCAACCGGCGAUUUCUGAGACCCUUGCACUGGCUCUGAGAGCCAGACAACAGGCUGAAUGGGAAAUGCAGGACGAUGACGACAAGGACUUUAGACCAUGAACUGUACAAAGCAAUUAUAAAUACGAAUUGCUAGAAGUACUUCUACCAGAACGUUACUGUUUUGCACUAAUGGCUGGAAACCCAUUGGAAAUGACUGACUUUUUCAAAUAAGACGCUAAGGGAAAAAAUUAAAGCAAAAACACAACAGAAAAUGCACUUUGUCGAUUGCAGUUUAAAUUUUACAAUUUCAUAGUAAAUGAACUAUACUGUUUUGUUUUUAAAAAAUGAAAUCUUGAUGAUAGGAGACCUCUCUAGCUUCUGCUAUGAAAUCUUUUGCUGAAAUAUAGCAAAUGACCACCAUUCAUCAGGUUAGGGAGGAAUUUUUUAUUGUAUCAAUGUAAUGUGUGCCUAAUGACAAAUGUAAAUUACAAUUCUGCAACCCUCGAUGGUAUUCUUAUACUUGACUUGCUUUGAUCUGGCUGUUCUUAGCUGUAUUUUUUAAAAACAGAAAUGAAGUAUUUAUAAAAUAAAAAGGAUUCUAACCUAUUUAAAACUAUGUUACAGUAAAUUGUGACCCAGAAUGGUGACUAUAAAACUGUUUGUGUGAACCCUA